GAAUAUAUAGAUUAUAUAAUGGCACUGUGGGCAUAUGUAGAUGUUAAUGUAGCGAUUAAAGAGUUCCAAAGCAUAUGGCUGAGAAAAUCAGCAUGGUACUUCUUACAAUUCAAGCUGUACAAGCAUGUACAGUCGAAGAUAUACACUGCAUUAGUGCUUAAUGUUAAUGAACACUCGAAAGAUGGAAUUAAAAGGGUGACCGAUAAUCUGGAGCCCUCAAUUAAACACAUGCCAUUGGAUGAUGCUUACGUCACAAGACCCUUUUUCGUGAAGGAUAACUUACACAAAGUAUAUCCAAAUGAAGUGGCUUGUUUUCGUGCAGAAAUACCGGCAUUGCCAGCAAUAAUCAAUAGGGCAGCCUGGUUCCUAGAAGUACAACUCAUAGAAUUGUUAUUAGAUGAAAGUACAUUUGAAACAACCGGAUCUCAACAAAGUAAAAAUAAGGUAUCUGUAACUGGACAUCGUGUAAUGGAUUCGAAGAUAAUCAGAAUCGCAAACAUGGCAGCAGAUAAACACGAAUAUAUACCAUGUAAUUUUGACGACGGCCAUUACAACGCUGUGGCUCAUAUUAUCAUCGAUAGCGCACUCUUGAAAAUAGGAGUUAACAAACCAAUGGCACAAGAACUCUCAGAAAGGCCAUGUAGUAGAUAUAAAGAAUGGAUGCAUAUAAUUGGAAGCUCGAGAUCUAAUCAACUUAAAAGCUGGUUUAUCCAACCGAAUAUACAAGAAGAGUUAUUCUAUAAUACACCGGAAACAACAGAAUAUGUCAUGGUGUACAAAACUGCCGACUCACACCACAGAGAUAAAAGGCGUGUAAAUUUACAAACAACGAUGGUCAAUAGAUUCAUGCAGCAAGUUAUCAAUGAUAACCAUGGAUGUGGUGAACUGUUUGGUAUUUUUAUAGAACCAAAGGGCAGGAAAAAAUUUGUAACUAGGAAUACACCACAGAAGGAAAUCGCAAUACAUGAUCAUCAUCUUAUUUCGUUAGUACAACAAAGUCUUAUGUACAUAUCAGCAAAGAUUAUUGCCACUAAUGCUGUUUCCAUAGCAAGACGUGAACAUACUUGUAACACGCAUCAUGAAGUCAAUAGCAGCUUUGCUUUAGACAAAGUAUGUGAUGUAGCAAUUCAACUCCAAGAAGUAACUUGUGUACAAGCCACCAAUGAAGAAUCGACUGAUCAUUGCAAUAUGUACAGCACUAUAGAUUCUACUGAAGACAGAAUAACAACAUCGUCACAACAGUGUCCAUUUAUCGACCAGAGUAUUUUUAUAAGUAACGCGACUAUCACAUUUGAAAACGGUCAUGCACAGUCUGUUUAUGAUGAGGCAUCUCUAGAGGUAUCACAAGAUCUUCUCCAACCUGUGGCCAAUGAUGCGUUUCAUAUCGAUACAUGUCAACGUCUAAAUAGAUUAAUGGAUAAACUGGGUAUACAUAAACGUGGUGAUGAUAAAGUAGCCAUAAAAGUACAGCAUGGAAUCACUGUAAUCUUCAAUGAAAUCAAAUUGGAUUCUACAUCAAUGGAACGUAAAAUGAACCAGCUCGUAGCUGGUAUUUGUACCUGGUUAUGCCUAGUAUGGAAUCAUCUUAAUGAGUCAUAUAAACAAGAAAAAGGUUCAUUGGAUCCAGUGAUUAGAGCAUACUGUACUGCCCAACAUAUGUUUUUUACAAAAACAAGCCAACAAUGGGUAAAUGAAGCUGCAAUGAUAGUGUUGCUUAGGAAACUCAACUUCACGGAUGAACAUCACUUCUUUAUCGCAAACUGUUUUCCGUUCGUUCGUCGAGUUCGUCAAGUACCAGCUUCUAGCAAGAUACCACUACCGCAGUUGGAAGAAUCUGAUGUGCACUUAGUAGUGCUUGUCCACGGAUACAAUAGUGCGCCUAUAACCAUGGCCUUCAUUAGAAAUGUCAUAUGCGCUUUCACUAAAGGAACAGAUGUAUUAUUCUCAAGCUGCCUCAUGGACUCAGACAUAAUAAUCGAAAAACAAGGACUGAUGUUAGCAAAAGAUGUAGACGCGCAUAUAAGACGACAUAUCGGAGUGCACAAUUUAAAAAGACUCUCUUUUAUUGGACACUCAUUGGGAGGCGUGGUAGUUAGGGCAGCUCUACGGUAUCUGCAACGCUAUGAAGACGUAUUCUACGCAUUCAUAUCAUAUUGCUGUCCACAUAUUGGAGUGCCCAUGUCGUUGUACAGGUUUGUUGGAACGGGUGGAUACUUCUUGGCUUCAUACAUUAAAUCACCAUGCAUAAGCCAGCUUUUGAUGUCUGAUUCUAAUAAGCUGGAGGAUUCUUAUAUAUAUCGCCUUUCGGGAGAUGAUUGUAUCAACAAGUUUCACUACGUCAAACUGGUAGGAAUAAUACAAGAUUACAUAUCUCCUGCUACGUCGUGCCUUCUGGACACCUCACUUACAAACGUCAAGUGCACAUCCGUCGAAUUGUUAUGCCAAAGGCUAACAAAUAACUUACAAAGUGCUAUUUUGGACAAAUUAACCGUUGAUUAUAGCAAGGCUACCAAGUUCGUACGAUGGAAGGCGCUUGGUGCCCACUUGCACAUUAUAAGUACGUCGUUACUAGCACGUUACUUCUUCUAUAUGACAUUUGAUAUAUUUUAAAUAUAUUAG